CACAGCCUGGCCACCCUUUUGCACUGUCAUUGUUUGCUCUUGCAUGACCGUACAGCAAACACUGACCGUGCACACGAUGCAUUGCAACACUUUCACCUCACCCCCACAGAAUGAUUUUUGUUAAAAGAUCAGUGUGUUGGAGAUCUAUGAUCUAGAGCGAGGACAGGUCUAAUCUGGGCUGACUGGGGUUCUUCUUCUGGAUAAUCUGAUUACAGGAGAAUUCUGGAUUCCAGCUGCUUUAAUAUAAGCUGUCUGAAGUGUAAGGGACACUUUCACAGGCCAAAAAAACCCCACGGUGUGUUGUGACGUGUGAUGUUGCAAGCGCUGGAGCAGCAGGCAGUGCGAGCUGAGCAGCGCUGGCAGGGCAGAGGCAGGAGACGCGGAGCUACUGUUCCCUGCAUGGACUGGAAUGGGGACGGCACCUGCCUCCAGUAACAACACACUGCAAACCAAGAGAAGAGCCGUCGCCUGGAGACUGCUGCUCACCCUCCUCUUCGUCAAGCAAGCGUCAGCGCAGUGCAGGAUCCUGCGAUGUAACUCAGAGUUUGUUGCCGCCACGCUCAACCUGGAGGGCGGGGCGGGGGGCGAGGCCCGCUACUGCAGCUCCCUGCGCUCGUACGCCCUCUGCACCCGCCGGACUUCCCGUGCCUGCCGGGGAGACCUAGCCUACCACUCUGCGGCUCAGGGCAUCGAGGACCUCAUGAUCCAGCACCGCUGCCCCAAGACCGGGCCCACCUCCCGACCAAGGCCCCAGGCUCCGCUUUCCAGCCACGACGGGCCCCCAGCAGGGGACAGCUGCAAUUACAACAGGAGCUUCUACUUCCGCGAGGGCCGGCUGCCUUCCUAUUUCCACUGUGGGGUCUUUGGGGACCCCCAUAUCAGGACCUUCCAGGAUGACUUCCAGACCUGCAGAGUCAAAGGCGCCUGGCCCCUCAUAGAUAACAACUAUCUGUACGUGCAGGUCACCAGUGCCCACGUGGCGAAGGGGUCCAAUGCCACGGCACUCACUGAGAUCACCAUCAUCUUCAAGAACUUCAAGGAGUGCAUCGACCAGCGGAUCUACCAGGCGGAGAUCAACAAUGUCCCUGCGGCCUUUAACGAUGGGUCGACCAACGGGGGCAAUCGGAGGGGCGGAAACAGCCUGACCAUCGGGGGUCAGCCUUACGGACAGCACAUCGAGAUCCGGGCGGUCUACAUCGGGACUACCAUCAUAGUGCGGCAGAGUGGGGGCUUCCUCGCCUUCUCCAUCCGCACGCCCCAGGAGGUGGCCCACUCCUUCCCCGAGGAACAGGACCUCCAGCUCUGCUUGAGCGGCUGUCCCUCUUCCCACAGGCUUCCCCGCUACCCACCGCUAUCUUCUGCGUCAAGCCUGCAGGCGGCCAAGCUGAAGUGUGGCAGCGAGCUGCCCAAAGAGGACAUUUAUUUCCAGGCGUGCGUUUUCGACGUGGUGACCACCGGGGACACAAAUGUCACGAGGACCUUUGCCGAAGCUUUGGAGGAUGCAAGGACAUUGAUCCCCGACGUGGAGCGAUUGCACCUUUAUGCAAGUUCCACGAGCAAGUUCUCCAUCGCUCUCCCCACGCUUUGGUUAAUCUUCUUCUUAGUCACAGCACAUCUUUAACUGGGAUUAUUUAACAACACACUGUUCCUCUGGGAUGUAGCGCAGAGACAGUGCUUCAGUGUGUGACUCAUCAUGUCCCCUCAGGAUAAUGUGCAUGGGGGUCUCCGAGUGGCUCACCUGGUAAAUGCACCUCGUGUGCGGGGGACAGUCCUACAGUCAGGGGAGUUCGGGGUCACGUCUUGCCGAUCGUCACUGGGGAUUCGGGAGGGAGCGUCGCAUUGGCUCGGGCGUGCCCGCGGGUAAGGGAGGCAAAACCGGAAGGCAAUGGCUCUACAGCGGACCCAACUGGCCAGGUGUCUAGUAAGCCCAACCAGAAACCUGCAGGGCUGGCCUUUGUCCUCCAGAGGGCGGUAGCUCGCUGACAAUCGCUCAAGUUCCUGGGUGUGGAAGAGGAAGCUGGGAUCAGAGGACCCCCGCUGAACCUUCAGUUCUCCUGAGCAGCCUUUGUGCGGGGAAUCGCUGUGAUGAGAACACAAUAAUUGGACAUUCAAAACUGGGGAGGACAUGGGGGGGUGAAGUAACUGGGUAAAAAAAGAAAUCAAUAAAUACAAAAUCAGCAUGUGUAAAGCGAGUGCUGGCGGGACUGAAGGAAGACACUGAUUCGAACACUCACACUGCCAGCACAUGUGCCAACAUCCACCAGGUCCAAUGAGAGUUUCAGAGGAAGGAGGCCCCCCCCUCACCCCAAUUCCAAUGGGGUUUUGGGACUGGCCUGUCUUAUAAGUUAGUCUGCACAGCUAAACCUCUUGUACUAAUCCUCAGCUCACCUCCAGCUAAAGGGACAGCUCUGCACUCAGAUUCAAACACCUUUCUCCGGCACUGUACUGUGGAGCAUUCAAACGCUGGACUCGAGAGAAUGGGAAAGUAGCAUUUCUAAAAGCUAUUCAGACUGGUACCACUGUACUGUAAACACUGCCAGUAACAGUAUUAUAACCCUCUGAGUUUGUAGGAGGCUAUUUCAGACCCCCAUCACCAGCUGUACUGGUCUGCCAGCACCACGAUUAACAAACUCUGUGCUGAUAUGAGUAUGAAUCUGGACCUGGGUUGGGCUGUACGUGUGAUGAAGCAUACAGCACUGGAUCUCCGGGGCUGGGUUCAGAUUCCAGAGCCCACAUAAAAUGUGUAUCCUGUAGUCCAGUCCUUAUUGGGUGAAUAUUGAACCUCUGGGUGACAUACUGUGUUAUAUAAACACGCCAUUCAAAUUGAAGGUGAAUGGACACAUUUUUUUUACUUGUUUCCUCAGGCCUGGUUUGUAAAUAAGAAUUGUAAGUAUUUUAUUUUAAAUAAUUGAAUAUAGGCAAGCCGAGCAGUAAACACCCCAGUACUGGAAAAAGACACAUGGGAUAAAUUCAUAUUGUUAAUGUAGACCCAUUGCAAGGGCUUAUAGAUAGAUUCCCAUAGAGAAAUAUUUUCAUCCUGCCAGAUAUCAUAUAAAAUGAAGGGGGGGGAAAAAAAAGCCCAUAGAAAAUAAAAGUACGUGACAAGUAAACUCUACGUAAUUAUUUCAUUACCCCAUUAAAUAAACAAUGAAAUGCACACAGAAGCAAUGGGAAAUGCACGCACACCUGCUUAGCUGUCAAGCAUGCAAUGGUAUGACCGGCCACUAGAGGGAGUGCUACAGUACCACGUAU